GCGCCCCUUUCCCCUUGUAUUUUUUCUCUCUAAACAAAGCUGCGUUUGACGAAUCAAUUACAAAAGGCAAGAGCGCCCAGGCAAAGAAAGCAUAAGCGAAAAGGCGAACCCUCAAUCCUUAAUAACAAUAUUAACAAGAAUAAGCAUGUCAUUGCGCAGGCGAACCUUGCUUAAGGUCAUCGUUCUCGGCGACAGUGGGGUUGGAAAGACCUCCUUGAUGAAUCAAUAUGUGCAUAAGAAGUUUAGUCAGCAAUAUAAAGCUACAAUUGGUGCUGAUUUUGUCACUAAAGAACUCCAGAUUGAUGACAGACUCGUCACUCUACAAAUAUGGGACACUGCAGGGCAAGAGAGAUUUCAAAGUCUUGGAGUUGCAUUUUAUAGAGGGGCAGAUUGCUGUGUCCUAGUCUAUGAUGUUAAUGUCAUGAAAUCGUUUGAUACCCUUGACAACUGGCAUGAGGAGUUUCUCAAACAGGCUUUGAUUAGAUUUUUAUGUUUUGUGGCGCAGGCAAACCCUUCUGAUCCAAGGACAUUUCCUUUUAUAUUGCUAGGAAACAAGAUUGAUAUUGAUGGUGGGAACAGUCGAGUGGUUUCUGAGAAGAAAGCAAAGGAUUGGUGUACUUCAAAAGGGAAUAUUCCCUACUUUGAGACAUCGGCAAAAGAGGACUACAAUGUUGAUGCUGCAUUCCUAUGUAUUGCCAAGACUGCCCUUGCCAAUGAGCGUGACCAGGAUAUAUAUUUUCAAGCUAUUCCAGAGGCCGCUCCAGAGAAUGAACAGAGGGGUGGUUGUGCCUGCUGAUAUGGAAACAUGAAUAAUCUCAGUGAAUCCCCUCUAAUGCUGUGGCUCAAAUUCUUCAGAUUCUUUUUGGUCUCUGUGAUUUUCCUCCUUUUUUGUACACACUAUGAAAUGCUUGUGAGUAAAUCACGUUUGACCUUGAUGCUGCCAUUUUGAUAAAUUGUCCGGUUUUCAUAAGGACGAGCUUGAGUGUUGCCUUGUAGGAAAGAGCGUUUAACUGAUUAUUUACCACGGAUUGUUCAGGCAAUUUUUUUUUUUUUUUUUUGUCAAAUUUAGAUGUGGCAUGAGAAUGUUUCAUUUUUAAUUUGGUGAACCAGAGAUGGUAAUCGAAACUUAUCUUGACAGUUAUGAGACUUGUCUUGAAAAAU